CCACAGUCGAAGUCUGACACAAACAAACAGCCUUUGUGUCAGGAGUUUCUUCGUAACCAUACAAAAACCCUAGAUGACUCAUUCUUCUAUGCAGGGAUCUGUCAUGAAUUCAUUGCUGGUCAUAGCGCUGCUGCCUUUGGCUCUUUUAGGGCCAGGUAUGGCCUUUGUCUCUAUUGGGGGUGGAGCAUCCACUCAUGUCAGCAUUACAGGAACGGCUAUAUUGCAGAAAGUGCGAGAGACGUGUCAGGCGGUGGCUGAGAAAAAUGGUUAUGAGUUCAACCCCACGGGUUCCUCUCCUGAAGAGCUGGUGCAAGCCUGUCUAGGUCCCACAGCAACAGGAGAGGUGUCUGGUGCCAAAUUUCAUUCUGCUCUUCAAGAGAUCUACGCCCAGAAUGGGUUGGUAGAUCGCGACUUUGUCAACAGUGCUCCACAUCACUUCAACUCUGAGGCUUUCUUGGAGGGGCGGAGCCUAAUCACACAGGGCAUGGUGGCCAUUAAAGCUAACGUUCACAAUGAGAAUUUUCAGGUUGCAAGGACAACACUGGGUAGAGCCCUUCACACACUACAGGACUUUUACAGCCACAGUAACUGGGUUGAGCUGGGGUACACAAAGCCAUACAGCAACCUCAUAAACCCAGGCCUCCCUCUGGAUAACCUGGCAGAUGUGAACACCCCCACCUGCAGUAACUGUGACAGUGCCAGUGGAACAUGCCCCAAUCAGCUGCUCCCCAACAUCCUAAAAGACAAGAAACUCACAUCUGGCUAUAUGGGAGUCUUUUCUUCUGUCAAACCUAAAGGUAAAUGCAGCCAUGGAGGUGCAGCUGAUCGUACUAGCAAAAUCAAUCCUCAAGGAGGCAUCAGCAAAGAUGAGCGUCAUCAAGACAACUUGGCUUUUCACAACGCUGCUGUGCAAGCAGCAACAGACGCCAGUCUCGAGUUAUUGCAGGAUCUUCGCUUAGCUGUAGGAGACAGUAACUUUUUGAGAAUGAUGGGGAUUGCUCGCUCAUCUGUCUUGUGCUUCGUAAUUGACACAACUGGGAGUAUGUCAGAUGACAUUGAAGAAGCAAGAUCAGUUGUUUAUCAAAUCAUUGACGCAUACAAAGGAACACAAGACGAGCCCUCCGAGUACAUCCUGGUGCCUUUCAAUGACCCUGAGUUUGGACCUAUGAUCAGGACAACACACGUGGAUAAGAUGAAAGAAGAAAUCUCGAAGCUUACAGCAAGUGGUGGAGGUGAUGAACCUGAGAUGUGCCUGUCAGGGCUUCAGCUUGCUCUGACAGGUGCUCCUUCCUCUUCUGACAUCUAUGUUUUCACUGAUGCUUUAGCAAAAGACAUUGAGCUCAAAGACACUAUCAAUGCUCUCAUUAGUAGCACUAAGUCAAAGGUGUCGUUCUUCAUUACUACACCAUUUAGCAGACGCCGUCGUUCCCUCAGAGCUGCUUCCUUUGACGACUACAAAGACAUAGCUCUGACCUCUGGAGGCCAGGCCAUUCAUGUUUCCAAAUCAGAGCUUUCUCAAGCCACAGAUAUUAUCCUUGACACCUCAACUUCAGCUCUGGUGACAGUUCUUCAGCGAGCAAGAAAUCCUGGAACGCAAGAGACCUUCCCCUUCACACUGGAUGAGUCAUUGAAAAACAUCACUAUCUACAUCACAGGAAGAUCCAUUACUUUCACGCUGACAAACCCUGCUGGUGUAACCCAGAGUCAAAGUGAGGCCAGUGGUAAACUGGGCACCAUUCAGACUGUGGGCAACUUGCACAGGAUUCGCUUCAACUCUGAGAAGCAGGCAGGAAACUGGCAGAUCAACAUCAACUCCAACCAACCCUACACACUCAAAAUCACAGGCCAGAGUACAAUUACCUUUAUCUAUGACUUUGUGGAAAGCUUUGCUGGACCUCACCCAGGUUACGCAGUGCUCAGUGGGCGUCCACAAGAAGGCCAGUCAGCCACACUAAUACUGUCAGUUAUGGGUAGAAGAGGUCCGUCUUCGAUGACUGCUGAACAAGUUAGCCUGGCAAAAGUCUCAGGUCCUGAGAGUUUUAGCAAUGGUGUACUAACUCAGAUGGACAAUGGAGAAAUUCUGGUGACUGUUGAGGCUGUCCCUAAAGGCGAGUUUGUGGUCGUUGUAAAAGGAACUGACAAAGUGUCCAACAGUCAAUUUCAGAGGCAGUCAAACACCCAAAUGUCUCUCUCCAAAGUGAAGAUCCAGGCUGUGGUGGACAGCAGUGUGGAGCCAGGACAGACCUUUAAGCUUCCAUUCAGUGUGAUGACUCAGAGCUCUGGUGGAAAGUAUUCCAUCAGUGCCAGAAAUGACAGAAAAUUCCCCAUGAUUUUCCCAAAUGAACUCACCCUGGUAACUGGGCAAUAUGCCAAUGCUACAUUGACCAUAACACCACCUGCCAGCACGCAGUCAGGCACUGAUGUCACACUGACUAUUGACGCACAGUCAUCCAAUGGCGUUGACUCAAAUUAUGCUGUUUUGAGAUUGUCUGUUGUUACCAAGAUUACAGAUUUUAUUCAGCCAUUAUGUAAAGUGGUUAGCGUGCAGGAUAACAAAUGCCCUCAUGAUCUGUCCCAGUGUGGACAUUUCCAGUGGGGGCUCUCAGCUAACAUUACAGAUGGAAACGGAACUGGGAUAGAGAGCAUUUCCCUCCAUCAGGGUAAUGGAACCCUCACAUACACCUCAUUGAGCGCUCCUAUCAUCGUGGCAAACUACAAUGCCUCCUGCUGCUCACAGACUGUUGAAAUAAUAGCUGUAGAUAAAGUUGGCAAUGUGGGAAAAUGCUACCAAUCAAUUGCUCGGUCAGGUGUCCCUCCUGCUCUUACUCUGUCGCUGCCACUGUGGAUAUGCCUGUUGGUAUCUGCCUUCUUAGUAAGGCCUUGAAAGACUCAGGUUACAUUAUGCUAAUCUUGUGUCUUUAAUCUGCGCCAAAUUUAAAUCAUUUAAAAUAAUGCACUUCUGCUAUAAUGUCUAUUUUGCUUACUGGUGUUCAGCUUAAAUAAAGCUUCUCUCAGCUUUUCCCUUAUUUAAAAGGGGCCACCAUAAGAGAUAGACACUUGGUGGAUUUAGCACAGUUUUAUGUCAGAUAACCUCCUUGAAACAACAUUUCCAGGUAUUUGUGUCUCCUUCCAGUAUCAAAUGUUAACCACUAAACUUUGGAGACUACGGAAACUCAGUUUAAAUAAAACACUGAAAUAAAAUUAUGAAUCUAUACUUGUGUGAAAAUAAAAAGUCAGUUGUUUUUGAGUGUUUUAAGUAAUAUUGAUUACUUUGAAAUCUGUGGGUGAGACUGUUCUUUUUUUUAUUGCUUUUGAAAUGCAGCAUUAAAAUAUUCACAGAUUUUUGUGUCCCAAUGCUUUUAGCAUAAGUAGGCAUAAUAUUGGUUAAACAAUGGGUAUGAUCCAUCCAUCCAUUCGCUUCCGCUGAUCCUUUUCAGGGUCGUGGGGGGGGGGGGGUGCU